AUGCUAGGCCGACUCGCGCUGCUGCCGCUGGUGGCCGGGGUGCUGGUGACGCGGCGCGUGGCCACGGAGGAUCCCCUGAGGCCGGCCUGCAUCACUGUGGAAGACCCUUUCGACGACCUCAGGGAUGCGAAAAUCUACGCGCUGGUCUACUACGGGCGGCGGUCCUAUGUGGACAUCCUCAACGCCUACCUGGAGCGGAACCUCCGCAGCAACGGCGGGGUGCUGGACGGGGUGAUCUUCGCCAUGGUGAAGUACACCAUCGAGGACAUGAACUACUUGAUCAUGCUCCAGCGCCGGAAUCCCAAGAGCUACAUCAUCCCUUGGCACAUGGAGGGUGGAGCGUGGGACGUUAUCUGGCGCUUGGCGGACGAGCCUGGGGCCUACUACAUCAAGAUCGACGAUGACGUGGUAUACAUUGCUGACGGGGCAAUCGCCGAGAUGAUCCGCGAGAAGCGGCGCGGCAGGUUCCUCUUCGUCUCCGCAAACGUGGUGAACCACGGCAUCCUCUCGGCGGUGCACCAAGAGAUGUCUGCCAUCCCUCACCUUGCGAAGCCUCCGCUGCCGGAGGGCAGAACCAUGCAGGAGCAGAAGCUGGGCCCGUGGCAGUUCAAGGGGGACCUGAUGACGGACCCCAGGUUCCGCAUCGAGCAUACCUUCUACUCCGAUUGUGUGUGGAGGCGCUGGGACUGCGCCGCGCUGGUGCACGAGGCACUGCUCUGGCGCCUGGAGCAGAACUCCUCCUGCCUCUUCGACUUCGGCAUCUUUGACUUCCAUGCGCAUGGAUACGAGACCAUGAGCGAUGGUCUGGGACGGUCCAUUGACUGGAACGACAACUUCUUCGCCUUCCAGCAUGAGGACUUCAACGACAUUGACUGGGUGGGUGUUGCCACUGACGACGAGCGCCAGAUGAGCACCCUUCAUCCCAAGCAGAGAGGAGAGCACGCAGGCAGGUGA